AAGCCUUCUCUCGAUCAGAUCAACCAUGCCCUUCAACCGUUGGUCAGCGACAUGCUCAUAUUCUGGCGCACCGGAGUCUUCUAUUCCCGCACAUUCAAUCACCGCUUCGGACGCCUGGCUCGCUGCGCCUUGGUGCCUGUGGUGUGCGACCUGCUCGCCGCGCGGCAGGUAUCGGGAUUCGGGAGUCACAACGCCAAGUACUUCUGCAGCGUCUGCAAGCUUCUCCACGUGGAUCGCAACAAUAUCGACUUCAGGAACUGGACUAUGCGUUCUCUCAUAGAACAUCGCAACGACGCUCAGGCCUGGCGCGACAAGACUAGCAACCAUCAGAGACAGAAGGCGUUCAAGGAGAAUAGUGUCCGAUGGUCUGUGCUGUUGGAGCUUCCUUACUGGGAUCCCAUUCGCUACACGGUCAUCGACUCCAUGCACAACCACUAUCUCGGUUUGCUUCAGUCCCACGUGCGAGAUCUGUGGGGAAUGAAUGCGGAGGCCGACGACGUUCAAGGAGAGGAGACUCCCCUGGAACCAGAUGAGAUUCGCAAUGCGGAGGCUCAGCUUGCUCAGGGGUCGAAAACGGCGCUCGGAAAAGCUCUGGCUUCGUGGAUAACACUUCUUGGGCAACUCCAUGAGGCGAUGCCGAAAACCCUGCUUCCCUCUUGGAUGAAUCCUGUUCCAGCGAACGUUGGCCUGAAAGUCAGAGGCAAGCUCAGCGCUGAUCAAUGGCACACAUUCUGCGUUGUGAAUCUCCCGAUCGUUCUCAUUCCACUUUGGCACGGUCAAGGCGGGCGGGAGCGCGAUAUGCUAGACAACUUUAUGGAUCUAGUGACUGCCAUCGUCAUCGGAGGACUUCUAGAGAUGUCUGAACACUGGGCACAACUUUACGAGGAAGCUACAUCACGGUAUCUCCAAAAGGCUCUUGAACUCUACCACUUCGACGUCACCCCCAAUCAGCACAACGCUUUGCACAUUCCGUUCUUCUUCCGCCUGUUCGGACCCCUUCACUCUGUCCGAACCUUCUUCUCUGAACGCAAGAACUUUUUGCUUCAACGUCUCAACACCAAUUCCAGAUUCGGU